AUGGACGACCCUUCUGAAAAUAUUGGAGGCAGAGAAGAAUGUAACAGCAGUGAAUCUGGAUGGACUAUGUACAUUGCUUCACCCGUCCAUGAAAACAAUCCUGAAAAUGAUGACGACGAUGACGAUGACGACGAUUACACUGAAAGGAAAGGCUACAAGGAUUACCCAAGUGAUGAUGGUGGCGAUCCCGCAAGUGAUGAUUCAAUGGCUUCUGAUGCCUCUUCUGGUCCAAGUCAUCAAGGAGGACCAUGUAGAACCAAGGAGGGAAGCCAUCGCAGGGAUGAUAUUGCACAUGCUGAGGGUAAAGUCAACAGAAGAUCCUCAGGCAAGAAACAUGACAAACAGGUAGAGAGAAAACAAUAUCCUGCUGAUAUAAAAGCAGCGAAGAAAGAGCAGGGCCAUAAGGCAAAGAAUGCAACUGAGAACCUUCAAGUAAAGGCGUCUAAUGGAGGAAAUCUCAGCUAUCAAUUUGCCAUACCUGAUACUUAG